UCAUGUGUACUUCUACAAAGGUUUAUUCUACUUCAAUCACUUUUAAAAUAAUAAACAAUGGUUACAACUUUGAGUCAGUGAUAUAUAAAGCCUCUUUAAUAAUCAUAACGUUUAACGGUUUCAGCUUGUAUAUCUCCCCUCUCCAUUUUCGUAUCCUUUACUUCUUUCUCUCUCUCCCCUGAUAACAUUUACAAAGUACUAAUCCUAAUUCAAUUAUUAACUAUAAUAAAUUUGACGAAUGACCAUUAUUGUUAAACUUAAUUUAUUUAUUAAACGAUGGCUACUUCUAAUUUCUUUUUCUUCUUCCUCCUCCUCCUCCACUUUGUAAAAAUUGUGAAUUGCUAUAUAGUUCAUUCAUUCUCCCUGACCGGAAUUCCCCACAGCACCGUAUUAAACCGUUUUUCGUGUCAGUUACCACUUGAAAAACACUUUUCUAAGGUGUUUUUAAGUAAAAUUGAAAAUACCGAAGUUGUUCUCAAAGUAUAUGAUCCUAUUAUUGGAGCUCCAAUUCUUAAUAAUGACUCUGGGCUAUCAGAUAAAUUAUUCUUUGAAUUUGGCUAUUUCGUUGGUGAAAAAUUUGGAGAAUCAUGUCUGGGAUACUACUUAAUGGAAGAAUACCUUCAGGAUGACAAGUUAGACUGUGAUUUUGAUUAUUUCUCCAUGUUGGCAAAAGAAUCAUUGGCCCAAAUUCAUUCCACAGGGUUAAUACAUGGAGAUAUUCAUCAAUAUAACAUCCUCUAUAACAAAGAUAGAGACCGUGUUUAUUACAUCGAUUUUGGUAAAUCCACGUUUACGGAUAUUCAAGAGGGUGAAAGGUCCAAAGACAUUGACUGGUGGCGUUUAGAUAGAGCCCUAGCAGAAAUAGGUAAUUUAAUAAAUUAAAUUUAUAUACUAUAUUUUGGUUGCUAAAAAGGUUUUGCUAUUUUUAUAUAAAUUCUAUACCUUUAUAGUGUUUACAAGAAAUGGGACGGGAAAUUGAUAGUACCCUCGGUGGUCUGGAAAUUAUUUACCGGUUUAAGUAUCUUCCUGUAUAUAAUCAUAGUAUAAAUUUUUCUUGUUCCGUAAAACAUUAAAAACCUUAUCAAGUACAGUCUGCAAAGUAU